ACCAGCUGGAACGUCACGAUGUUCUUUCGAAGUUGAUGUGCCAUGUGGUGUGAAAGCUCAGGAAUUCCUUUGACGGUUGACGCUCAAAAACUUGACGGUGAUGUUCCAACAAGUGUGAAUCCACCUUAAAUCAGCCGUCCGCCGGCGUGGCGAGCAACACGUUCAUUCCAUCAGCCAGCUGGGCAGGCAGGAUGCUCAGGAAUCUAAAAACAACCAUGAAAAGUGCACGAGGUCUUUCAAGAUUAUAUAAGGUGUAUCAUGAUUUACUCACAAAACAUCCUGUCAAAGUUCAGUCAAUACAGACAGCAAUACUCUGUGGCACUGGAGACAUAAUUGCGCAGACUGCUGUUGAAAAGAAGAAGCUCAGUGAAUUUGAUGUAAAAAGAUUUGCUUCAUUUUUUGCAUUUGGAGGAAUCUUUGUUGGUCCCACAUUACGAAUGUGGUUUGGACUUCUUGAUACAAAAGUGAAAGGAAGUCAUUAUGCUGUUGUGGCUCAAAAAGUUUUAUUGGACCAGUUUAUAAUGGCACCUAUGCUUUUAUUGCUGACCCUUUCUGUCCUUAAUAUAUGUGCAGGGAAAAGUUUAGCUGAGCUUAAAGAAAAGUUGAGAGCUGAUUAUGGGAAUAUUUUGAUAACAAACUAUAAAGUAUGGCCUGCUGUCCAGCUUAUAAACUUUGGCUUCGUUCCUGUGAACUUCCAGGUACCUGUCACGCAAGUUGUGGGUGUUGGUUGGAACACUUACCUUUCCUGGAAGGCUCAUCGACCACCACAAAAGUCUGCUGUAGAGUGAGGUGAGUAACUGCUUGAAACAUGCGUUGUGUCACAGAUGCAGGAUGGAGGAGGAGGGAGGCAACACAACAACUGUGGAUUACAUGAACAUUAUUGCAGACCAUGUGCACUCCUUCAUGACUGAGGUCUUCUCCAAUGGCAACACCUUUCAGCAUGAUAACUGUCUGCGUCUCAAGGCCAGAAUCAUGCUAUAGUGGUUUGAGGAGGGUAGUGAAAAUUCAGAUCUUGGCCACCACAUUUAUUUGGUCUGAAGCUGAUGGAACACAUCUGGGAUGUUAUUGGUUUCCAGCUCCACACCCACAAAUGCCCAACCCCUCAUUUACAGGAAUUUUGUGACCUGUGUGUAGACUUCUGGUGACAAAUAUCUCUGGAAACAUACCACAGACUUAUUGAAUCCAUGUUGCAAUGAAUCACACUUGUGGUGCAUUCCAAAGGUGAACCAACAUGCAUGGUCUUAAUGUUUUGGCACAUCACCAUUGAUGUGUCAGUGUGAAGUGCUUAUAAUAUCUUCAGAUGCAGAUUGCAAUAAUGUUCCGUAUUGAGCAAUUGGAUAAAAACGUAUUUGAUUAGAAGCAAAAUGGAUGUUUGAUAGCCCAACCCCUUAUACACUCAGUAGCAUGUUAUGACUUAAUCUUGUUCUAAAGAAAUUAUACUCAUCUUAAAUGUGAUUAUAU